AUGAGAUAAUUUCAUGGUGUUUCGGACGUGGGUAAGAUAAAACGUCACCAUCGUUAUCAUCCAAAAAAGCGAAGAGAAAAUAGAAGUUGCAGAAAGCAUCUUCUUGUGUUUUUGGCUUGGCCACCUUUCCUUCCACCGCCAAUCUCUCUCUUUAUGUUCACACUAUGACACCCUUUUGAUUGCUGUAAAUUUCGAUACAGGCCCCUUAAAAGAUUGACUUACUGAGGUGUUGAGCCACCCACCAUCACAGGGAAAGUCGGUGAUAGUUUUUUCUAAUCCUCCUGUUUGCUUUGCAUUGAACCCGAGGUACAUACACGUCUUGAAACUAUCCAACCAUUCGCCUUUGGCUUUGUUAACAGUUUUCAUUUUGUAUAUUUUAUGACUUUGCUGGACUUGGACUUAGUUCCUCGUAUCUAUCCGUGUUUUUAGAAUUGUAUAUUCAGUUGAAUUUCUCCCUUCCAAUCCCAUUAUUUUACAUGAUCAGGAGAGUAAAUUAUGGUCCAUGAAUUGGGGAUUUGGAAGGUAUUAAAGGGGUUCUAGGAAACUUCUUUGUGUUGCAUAUUACUGUGGUUUUGACGUGGAACAUUGAUCUUAAGACAUGCUGAGGUCUUAUGUGAGAGAAUAUGAUGAUGUGUUCUUUGAUUCUUUGGAUUGCUUGUCUGCUGAAGAAUUAGAGUAUGGGGUUUGGAUGAACGAUCCGUCGAGUGUGAAGGAACGACGUGAGCGUUUUCUUCGAUCGAUGGAUCUGGUUGAGUUUGCAGAGUCAUCAAGUAAGAAGGACUUAAAGAGGAUUGCAGAGUGCAGUGGUGCUGUUCCGAGUUCUUCCAUUUUAUCCGUUAGCAAUGUCCAAGGAAAUUCGGAUUGUUGUGAGAGGGAGAUGACUUGUCAAGCCAAUCUUUUGGUUGAUGAAUCAGAACAUGAGAUGAACUUAGCUCUAGAGAGUGAGAAUGAAGUUCAAGCUCAUUUGGAUGAAUGCGAAAUUAACUCGAAAAAUUUCAAUAAAUGGUGGAAACACUUGUUGAGCAUGAGGAAAGGGGGAAAAACUAGAUGUGCAUCUAAUGUAUCAAAACAUGGUACCAAAGUAGUACAUAGUUCAAAGAAAAUGAUGGUUGAGCCUAACAAGAAAGGGUGCAUGGAGUUCACUGCACUUUCUAUGGGACAAGAAAUACAGGCUCACAAGGGCUUCAUCUGGACCAUGAAGUUUAGUCCAGAUGGUCAGUAUUUGGCAACCGGAGGUGAAGACAGGGUCGUACGUAUAUGGCGUGUCACCUCGACAGAUGCCUCUAGUAAACCUUUCAUGGCAGAGGGCAGUUUGAUUAGAAAAAUGAACAAAGGAAAGUUGACUUUUGGCAGAAGAAAGUCGCUCCUAUCCCCAGUUGUUAUCCCUAAUAAGAUUUUCCAGCUUGAGGAUUUACCAAUGCAGGAGUUUCACGGACAUGCCAGUGAUGUUUUAGAUCUUGCAUGGUCCAGUUCAAACCUUCUUGUUUCUUCAUCCAUGGAUAAAACUGUUCGUUUGUGGCAAGUCAGCUGCGAUCGAUGUCUAAAUGUUUUUCACCAUAAUAACUACGUCACAUGCAUUCAGUUCAAUCCAGUAGAUCACAAUUACUUCAUCAGCGGUUCGAUAGAUGGAAAAGUAAGGAUCUGGGGAGUCUCUGAGAAGCGAGUUGUCCAUUGGGUGGAUGUGCAGGACAUUAUAACUGCUAUAUGUUACCGGCCAGACGGCAAGGAAUUUGUAGUUGGCUCCAUUGCAGGCACUUGCCACUUUUAUGAAGCAUCAGGCUUCGGUGUCAGUUUGCAGGCAGAGAUACAUAUUCAUGGCAGAAAGAAAACCUCUGGCAACAAAAUUACAAGCAUUCAGUUCUCCCAGGAUGAAUCACACACGGUUAUGAUAGCUUGCGAAGAUUCCAAACUCCGGAUAUUCGACGGAGUAGAUAUGGUUCAUAAAUUUAAAGGGCUGCCAAAGUCGGGAAGUCAGUUGUCGGCAUCGUUCACUUCAACCGGGAAACAUAUAAUCUCGGUUGGAGAAGACUGUCGUGUUUAUGUCUGGAACUACGAUGGCUUGUGUUUCCAAACAUCCAAACAUACAAAAUCUAUUCGUUCUUGUGAGCACUUCUUCUGCGAAGAUGUAUCCGUCGCAAUACCUUGGUCAGGCCAGGGUCUAGAUCAGAGUCACAUGGAUGAUAACGGUUCCUGGGCAUUGGCACCGAGAGAAGGUCGAAUUGAGAGUGUUUCCCGGAUCGGAGAUCCGGAACGAUUCUCGAUCUGUAAUUGGUUCUCCAAUGACGGGUCAGGAUCAUCCAAGGGCUCUGCUACAUGGCCUGAAGAAAAGCUUCCUUCGUGGGAUGCAACAGGUGUGGAACAUGAGAGUUAUCCAUAUGACCACCACCACCAACGACUCUGUCGUAAUAGUGCCGGUAAUCACACGAGCCUACCGGAAACAUGGGGAGUUGUGAUUGUUGCCGGUGGAUGGAAUGGAACAAUCAGGACAUUCCACAAUUACGGAUUGCCUGUUUGUCUAUAGGAGUGUGCAUCAGGAGUCUUGAAUCUGUUAGUAAAGAAGUUAUCAAAGCGAUUCACCUUUUUUUUGGUGAACUUGUGUAAAGCUCAGUUAGCACUUAGCAGUUGCUUUGAUGUUACCAUUAUCCGACAUUUUCCU